AUGCCUGGUGACGAGAGGCAAAAGAGAAGGAACGCUCUGUUUAUCUUUUGGAAUGCAUAUGGCAUCAAAAAUGUCUGGGAGGCCAGAGAACUAUUAAGUACAGCGGAUGUGAUUGGACUGAGUGAGCCCUGGUUGGAAGAAGACCCCUUGAGUCUACCCUCAUGGAUUGAGGACAACUUCCACUAUCUCUGGAGUCACGCUACUAGGAAGGCUGAGACAGGACGAGGUAGUGGUGGCUUACUACUCCUGGUGAAGAAAGAAUUUGAGGUGACAGUGUUAGAUGUCUCAAAAUGGUGGAUUUUCAUCCGAAUUACUCUCAACAAUGUGAGCAUCACCGUAGGCAAUGUCUACGUCCCCCCCUUCAAGAAAAUAGAGAACUAUAUCAAUGUGAUGGACAUCUUAAGGGCCACAAUUGGAAGCUUUGUGGAACAGUUUGGUGAUGAGCCCAUAAUCCUGGGGGACGACUUCAAUGGAAGAAUCGGACAACUCAAUGACAACAUACCAGAGGAGUUACUACAGGACACAGUAUUGUUGAAGGCUCGAAGCUCCAGUGACAAAGAAAACAAGAAAGAAGGAUGUACUUUAAUGUCCAUGAUGAAUGACAACUGUAUGUUCAUAUUGAAUGGUAGAACACCAGGUGACUAUCCCGGCCAAUUGACUCAUUUUAGUAAAUUGGGAACAAGUAUAGUCGACUUCUGCUGGGGAAAUGUUCCAGCUUUGGAGCUCAUCAGAGAGUUGAUAGUUUUUGAUGAGAUUUUCAUCUUUGACCACUUUCCAAUUUUAUUAUCAAUGUUUAUUCCUGAACUCAAACCGGACUUGGGAGAGGAGAAUUCUCUAAUAGUUGAACCCGUAGAUAAAUUAAAAUGGAAAGCAACUGCGUCUGAUGAAUACUCCUUAAGGCUGGAACAACGUCUCAGAGGUCUCCACUCCUUUUUUGAUGCUAAUAACGAGAAUAAAAACGAAAUGCUCACGAGUUGUAUUAUUGUAUGUGCAAGAGAUAUAUGUAUGGUUCAGAGAGUGUGUAAUAAUGAUAGAAAAAUUCUGGGCAUUAGCGUGAACGUGGGGAGAAAUGAUAAAUGGCUCGACAAAGAAACCAAAGCAAGUAAAAAUAAUGUAAAUAGAGCCUGGAAAUUGUACAAAAAGAACAAGAUUAAUGAUGAUAAGAUUAUGGAUAAAAAAUUAUUAGAUGAUUAUUAUAGCGAAAGAUUGCUUUUUAAAGAAUUAGUGGAUACUAAAAAGAGUUUAUAUUUUAUUGAUUUGAGACUGAGAAUAGCGAAUGUCCGGAACAUUCAGGAGUUUUGGCUAGCGGUCAAGGAGGUUGGUAGAAGAUCUUUUGGGGGCAAUUUUCUGUCGAAAGAAACUUGGGAGGAGUUCUACUCGAAUGUUUAUCCACCGCGUGUGCAGUGUUGCAUGAGUCCAGAAGAUGCCAGACAUCCCAACCUGGACGCAUAUUUAUCUAUGCGUGAAUUAGAGUCAGCGCUUAAAUCAUUAAAGAACAAUAAAGCUCCUGGUCCUGAUUUGAUUCCCAACGAAUUCUGGAAAGCACUCCCGCCGGUGGGUAGAGAGUAUCUUCUAUCUUUAUUCAAUGGUAUUCUAGAAUUGGGGACGGUCCCAGAAUCCUGGCCUUGCGCAGUGCUUACUAUGCUUCACAAGAAAGGUCCUAAAGAGGAUCCAGCAAACUAUCGAGACUUUGAAAAAUACUUUAGAGAGAAGGGAUGCAGGGGAAUUAACAUCAACGCUCAAAUAGACCUCAUGAUGCCGACCUACGCAGAUGACACAGCUCUACUUUGUCACAGUGCCCAAGACGUAGAUAAAAAAUUGAGAAUUCUCAAAGAAUAUUGCUCAUUAAAUGGGCUAGUAGUCAACACAUCGAAGACAAAAGUCCUACCUUUCAGAAAAUCGGGCAGAAUUCGUAAAUCUGAAAAAGAGGUAUUUAAGUACGAUGGAAAGAUGGUAGAAACCGUGAAUCAAUACGAAUACCUAGGGGUCCUAUUAGAAAGCAAUAUGUCGUGUACCCCUUUUAUUGUUACCCUCCAAUACCCCUGGUUACGUGCUCAGAUUGGAACUAGGUCUGAGGCAUUUGGCCAUUAG